UGAACAACUAUCAAUUAUUUUUCGUUUCUUCCGCUGUUUGCGGUAUUGUGCUUACGUUUUUGGCACAUAACUGUUUAAUUCAUCAAUUUAAUAACAUGUGACAAUUUCUACGGCCUAAUAUAAGUGUAGAAAGAUAAAUUCCAAUCGCUAUAGUCCUAAAUAGGAUGGACAGUAAUAAAAAUUAAUUAUUUAUGUUAAAGAAAACGUAUAUUUUAAUGGCAAUCAAUAUUUUUGAGUCAUCGUGUUAGAAAUUUUUCAAAAAAUACAAUUUAUUGUAAAUUGUACUUUAGAUUUAUUGUGUAUAUGCCCAAGUAGUUAAUAAAAGUAUUUUUUAAAAAGACAAUUUUUAAUCUGUGAAUCUCUAGAAGGUGAUAUUUAUUUAAGUGUUGAGUGUUUUUUUUUUCGCGUAAGUUUUUUAAUUUGUCAUCUGCGAGUGCAAGGAAAAGGAUGUUAUUCUGAUUUAUUGGAAAUCAAUUGAACAAAACUGAAUCCUUGACCCAAAAACCAAGCAAUGAAGCAGCGCCAUCUACCGUGAGAAUUUGUAAAUUAAAACAACGCCAUCUAUCGUAGAGUUUUGGAAACGAAAUACAACUGUAUUGUAGUUUGAAGACAGUAUUAAUGAAACCACACUACCUACCUCGAAUAUCAAGAUAUGAAAUUAGUAUUUACCAAAACACGCCAUCUGUUAUCAGAAUACAGUAUUAAAAUGCUUCUAACGUUGUCUUCAAUGGACCGGUAUUAAAAAUGCAUUCAGCACCAUCUACCGCGUGAGACGCAAUGCCACGGCUAAAAUAUGCGUCUGUGGUUCGAGUUUUGGUCAUACUCGGACUAUUUUGUCUAUGGAUACAGAUUAUGCUCUCUGCGAGCAAUGGCGGGAUUUAUAGGGAAGCUGAAGAGCUGAUGAACGCGAAUGAAACUUCAGAACAGGUGCUUGCUCUGGUGCCUCCCGAACUUCACAAGUACCUAACAGUGCACCCCAAAAAUAUUAGCGCAAACUCAACUGAGAAGGUUGGACCGAAAAAUGUAACAGAUAUACGCAAAGCAAUAGAGAAAUAUAAUGACGCACAGAUCAUACAUAAUGAGGACAUAUUCGGACCUGUCCAGAAUGACACCAUCAUCAUAGCUGUGCAGGUCCACACACGGUUGACAUAUCUGAGACAUUUGAUAGUGUCUCUGGCGCAGGCGCGAGAUAUCGACCGAACAUUGUUAAUCUUUUCCCACGAUUAUUAUGAUGAGGAGAUCAACAAUCUGGUGAAGAGCAUAGACUUUACAAAGGUGAUGCAAAUAUUCUACCCUUAUUCAAUACAAGUGCACCCACACGAGUUCCCCGGAAUAGAUCCCAAGGACUGUCCUAGAGACGCGAAAUUUGAACAAGCAAUAAAACUGAAAUGUAACAAUGCUCUACACCCGGAUCUGCACGGCCACUACAGAGAGGCGAAGUAUACACAAACGAAGCAUCACUGGUGGUGGAAGGCCAAUAGGAUAUUUAAUCAGCUCCAGAGCACUGCUGGUCACACAGGUAUGGUUGUCUUUCUCGAAGAAGAUCACUACGUAGCUGAAGAUUUUAUACACAUGCUUCACUUGCUUCGAGCAACGGCGGACAGAAGUUGUCCCCAAUGCGAGAUUCUGUCACUGGGUACAUAUUUGAAAACUUACCAGUAUCAUGUAAAUGGGGAUAAGAGGAAGAAGCAACUCACACUCAGCUACAUCCAGCAAGUGAAAGCGGCGAACGAAGAAAGAAGGAGACGGCAACAGGAAACGCAGACCUGGAACUUCCAAGUGUACCCGAACAUCUACUCGAACACACAAAAGGUGGAAAUAACGCCGUGGCACUCCAGUAUGCACAAUAUGGGAUUUGCAUUCAACAAAACAGUCUGGAAUGACAUAAUGGCAUUACAGAAACAGUUCUGCGCCUACGACGAUUAUAAUUGGGACUAUUCUUUGUUACACUUGUCACAGAAUAGACCAAAUAGAGAUAAAUUCAAAGUGAUCUUGUGCAAAGGACCACGUGUGUUCCAUAUCGGUGAAUGCGGUUUCCACCACAAGAAAUCCAACUGCAACGCGUCAACAGUUAUCAGCAAAGUACAGAAACUACUGCAGAACGCGAAAUCUUACAUGUACCCGACGAGAGUGACCGCUACCAUCACGGCCGGCGGUGCAAAACACAACAAGAAGUUGGUGAAAGGAAAUGGAGGCUGGGGAGAUCUUAGAGAUCAAGAGUUAUGCGCCAAUAUGACUAAAAUAGGACGACAGAACAGGAAGUACGUGUUUUUCACAUAAAAGAAAAUUAUAAAACUAGUCUGUGGAGAACAACCGACAGUAUUAAAAAAAUAACCCCAGCAUGUAAAAUGAUCAAAGUGUGUAAAAUAGUCAUAACAUUCGUAGUAUAGAACGAGUGUGUAAAGUUAUACUUGAUAUUUGUGAUAUGCCGCUAAUGUGUAAAUAUAAACCGCAUAGGGAAGUAACAAUAUUACCAAAAUAUGUAAAAAAUAUUGUUAAAUUCGCAACUGUGUAAAUUAUUAACACUAUUAAUUUACACAAUUGCGGUGUGUUUGAUAUAAUGCACAAAUCACUGCAUACGUAGUAUGUUACAUUUGUGUAAAUAUAGCACAAACUUUGAAGUUAAAGUGACUGUAGUAUGUAAUGGUACAACCAUUACCUGCUGUGUGUGUGCAAAAAAAUACAUAAGUGUGUAAAUAUAAAAUAAAUACAAUAAUAAAAUACACCAGAGUGUGUAAAAGUAGUCCCAACAAUUGUACCACGCCAUAUGUGUGCAAAGAAAUGUCAUAAGCGUGUAAAUAUAAAAUAAACACAGCAGUAAUAUUAACCAGAGUGUGUAAAAGUAGCCGGAACAUUCGUAAUAUGUCAGUAUGUAAAUAUAACUAAUAUAUACCUGUAAAAUAGGUUAUGAUAAAAUAAUGUGCAAAAGUAACU